UUCCACUAAUGCUCACCCAUUUUAAGAGACAAAGGUCAGAAAGAAAACCUUAUAAAUAAAAUUUACCACCGUAAUUCUCACUAUUCAACACCCGUCCGCCGCACUACACUGAGAAAACAGAUACGUUCUAAAGGAAAUUAACGGAAUUCAAGUCAAUACAGCAUGGCACAGAAAGAGAAGCUCCAGUGUCUGAAGGACUUCCAUAAGGACACGCUGAAGCCUUCCCCGGGGAAGAGCCCUGGCACCCGGCCCGAGGACGAGGCAGAGGGGAAGCCCGUCCAGAGGGAGAAGUGGAACUCCAAACUGGACUUUAUCCUGUCCGUCGCUGGGGGCUUCGUGGGUUUAGGGAACGUCUGGCGUUUCCCAUACCUCUGCUAUAAGAAUGGCGGAGGUGCAUUUCUCAUCCCGUACACUAUCUUCCUCUUUGGCGGCGGUCUCCCUGUGUUCUUCCUGGAGGUGGCCCUGGGACAAUAUACCUCCGAGGGUGGAAUCACCUGCUGGGAAAAACUUUGCCCCAUCUUUACUGGUAUCGGCUACGCUUCUAUUGUGAUCGUGUCCCUCCUGAACAUCUACUACAUAGUGAUCCUGGCCUGGGGUUUGUACUACCUGUUCCAGUGCUUCCAGCCGGAGCUGCCCUGGGCCAAGUGUAAGAACUCCUGGAACACAGACCGCUGUGUGGAGGACACCAUCCGUAAGAACAAGACCCUGAUGCUGGCCGCUAACAUCACCAACUUCACCUCGCCCGUCACCGAGUUCUGGGAACGUAAUGUCCUCAGCAUCUCCAGUGGCAUUGAUGAGAUCGGGGAGGUCAAGUGGGACCUGGCCCUCUGUCUGUUGGGGGUCUGGGUCAUCUGCUUCUUCUGCAUCUGGAAGGGAGUCAAAUCCACAGGAAAGGUUGUUUACGUCACCGCUACCUUCCCCUUCGUCAUGCUGAUCAUUCUGUUGAUCCGCGGCGUCACUUUGCCAGGAGCAUCUGAAGGAAUCAAGUUCUACCUGUACCCAGACCUGCAACGUCUCAAAGACCCCGAGGUCUGGAUUGAUGCUGGCACUCAGAUCUUCUUUUCCUAUGCCAUCUGUCUGGGAGCUAUGACGUCACUGGGGAGCUACAACAAGUACAAAUACAACUGCUAUAGGGACUGUUUGCUGCUGGGAGGCCUGAACAGCGGUACCAGUUUUGUGUCUGGCUUCGCAAUAUUUUCCGUCCUGGGCUUCAUGGCACAAGAGCAAGGGGUGGACAUUGCCGAUGUGGCAGAGUCAGGUCCUGGCUUGGCCUUCAUUGCCUAUCCUAAAGCUGUGUCUAUGAUGCCGCUGCCAACCUUCUGGGCUAUCCUCUUCUUCAUCAUGCUUCUGCUGCUGGGUCUCGACAGUCAGUUUGUGGAAGUGGAAGGACAGAUCACUUCCUUGGUGGAUCUGUAUCCCUCCUUCCUAAGGAAGGGUUACCGUCGGGAAAUUUUUAUAGCUAUUGUGUGCUCCAUAAGCUAUCUUCUGGGACUUACCAUGGUUACUAGGGGUGGCAUGUAUGUAUUUCAGCUCUUUGACUACUAUGCAGCCAGCGGUGUGUGCCUUUUGUGGGUUGCAUUCUUUGAAUGUAUUGCUGUAGCCUGGGUUUAUGGCGUUGAUAAUUUCUAUGAUGCGAUUGAAGACAUGAUUGGCUACCGACCAAAUCCCUGGAUGAAAUGGAGCUGGUCUGUGAUCACGCCUCUUCUUUGUGUGGGUUGCUUCAUUUUCUCCUUGGUCAAAUAUAAACCUUUGACGUACAACAAGGUCUACGAGUACCCCGACUGGUCCAUCGGUGUGGGCUGGACUCUGGCCCUGGCUUCUAUGAUCUGUAUUCCUAUGGUGGUGGUCAUCAAGAUCAUCCAGUCCGAUGGACCACUCAUAGAGAGGAUCAAGGCUGUGGCGGCUCCGCUAGGAGGUGCUAGCUCCCGUCCAGCCGACCACCGUUCUAAGGGCAAGGCUUGCGAGCUGGCCUUCCCGCUGGACCCCAACGGGAACAACGGCCUGAUCAAGCCCACCCACACUAUUGUAGAAACCAUGAUGUGAGCGCUCUCUGUGAGAGGAAAGAUUCUUUUUUUUUUUUUUUUUUUUAAAUACCCGCUUUCUAUGUUAUUAUACUAUAUUAUCGCUAAACUAGUUGUAGGACCAGGUUUACAUGUAUCUGCACUAGGACGGUUCUUUUUUUGUUUUGUUUUCUACAGAGGAAGUUACAUUAUUGGGUUUCCUGUCUAUGUUUUUAAUAUUUUUUUUAUUAAACUAUUGUUAAGAAUAUUACUGUUAUUAUGAUUGGAUGAAGUUAAUUUUUUUUUAAAUCUCCAAGACACAUGGAGCAGCAGUAUCUUAUAAGAACAGAAUCAGACAUACCUUCUAAUUUUCCCCCCUGUUGAAUUAUUAGUGGUCUGUCUCUAUUUUGGCGUGGAUACUUUAAAAAAAGAAAAAAGAAGAAAAAAAGAAGGCUGUAUAAAACCCAGAAGAACGUAAUGUGUGUCGUGGUUUCAGCUGUAACAUUUGAUCAACCUAGUUGCUCUCAGCUUUAACUAAUGUCUAUAGUUAUGAUAAUAUUGUGGAGGUGGUGCCUCUUGUAUACAGUGAGAUUAGUCGAGUGUGUUUUGUCGUUGAUGUUUGUUGUAAAAUUUACAGCUGAACCUGAACGUACCUCCACUACUAAGCUGAGUUCAGGGUCCAAGAACAUCUCAUCUACAGUUGCGGGCCACUAAAACGAAACAAAAAUGAAACCCUGUACCUGUCUGCUGUACCGGGUUUUGUGACAAACAAUUGCUCGAAGGCACUUGAGCAUCUUGACCCAAUUGUUUUGCCAGUAUAUAUAUAUAUAUAACACUGCAGUGCAACCUAACGUUUUAGUGCCAGCAACUGUACUUGGCUGUGGAGGUACAGACCUGUCCUCCCUGUACGGUGUACUGUGUACAUACAGUCAGCCCAACUCCAUUUUAGACUAGACUACAAUCGGUGUGGACACUACUGCUACGUACCAUCCAUCCAUCCCUGUGCAUACAGUAGCUACCUAAACACGUGUUUAAAGUCUCUGUUUUAUUAUUUUCACUUAAAUAAUGCAGUGGGUUUUCCUUUUAUUCUCAGUGUUUUAGUCUCUUCGUCGUAUUUCUGGCUAUAGAUAGAGGACGUGACAUAGUGGCAAGUCAAUAAGAAGCACAACAGCACAACUAUAUAACGCAUUUACCAUCUCUUGAGUCUGUCUGUUCCAUGAUUGAUAGGAGUCUAAAGGACCUGCCAUAAUGACAUGAUACAUUAAUGUAUACUCACCAUACAGUAACUAUUGAAGUACAACUUAAUUUAUACUCCCCAUACAGUAACUAUUGAAGUACGACUUACUGUAUACUCACCAUACAGUAACUAUUGAAGUACAACUUACUGUAUACUCACCAUACAGUAACUAUUGAAGUACAACUUACUGUAUACUCACCAUACAGUAACUAUUGAAGUACAACUUACUGUAUACUCACCAUACAGUAACUAUUGAAGUACAACUUACUGUAUACUCACCAUACAGUAACUAUUGAAGUACAACUUACUGUAUACUCACCAUACAGUAACUAUUGAAGUACGACUUACUGUAUACUCACCAUACAGUAACUAUUGAAGUACAACUUAAUUUAUACUCCCCAUACAGUAACUAUUGCUCAUUAAGGAACCAUCCAAAUGCAAGCAAACCUCUUAUCAAUCAGAUCUUUCCAUUGAAUUGCUGUAGGCUAGGUCAGUGAAAUUCUGAUGUAAUUGAUUAAUAUAGUAAUUGACUAAUAUACUAACUAAUAAUAUCCACUCCCUGCAGCCUUCUCACACUAAGCUUAGUUUCAAAUAUUAUAUCAGUACAGCUUUUCAAAGAGGCAGAAACAAUUCAAAACAAAAGCCUGUUGAGAUUUGAAGUGUUUACUCUUCACAAUGCAAAGAUAUUCUUCACAAUGCAAAGAUACUCUUCACAAUGCAAAGAUAUUCUUCACAAUGCAAAGAUAUUCUUCACAAUGCAAAGAUAUUCUUCACAAUGCAAAGAUAUUCUUCACAAUGCAAAGAUAUUCUUCACAAUGCAAAGAUAUUCUUCACAAUGCAAAGAUAUUCUUCACAAUGCAAAGAUAUUCUUCACAAUGCAAAGAUAUUCUUCACAAUGCAAAGAUAUUCUUCACAAUGCAAAGAUAUUCUUCACAAUGCAAAGAUAUUCUUCACAAUGAAAAGAUAUUCUUCUUAGAACGAAAUGUUGAAAUGGGAAAUCCCACGUAGUGGAUGGAAACUUUGGUUGAUUCGAUUUACGUUGAAUAUUUUUAUUUUAAAUUUUGUUGUAUACAAUUAGCGAACGUUUAUUUUUUAUUUUACUUUGAUCGUUUUUUCUAUCACAUUUGUUUUGGCUUUUGUAUUCGAAAAUGUAAAAUGUAAAAAUGACCAGCCCGUCUCCACACUUUCUGAGGAUGUAACGUAAUUUAACAACUUGCUGUUAAUCAACAAAACUGCAAUUUGUAAUGUGCAAUACUUUGUAGAAAGAUAAGUCUGUUUUUCACUCUGUUUUUUAAAAAAAAUAGGUUGUACUUUUUACUUUGGAAGUAUGUAGAGAAGAGGAAAAAACAUUGUAAAACAAUGUGAGAGACAAAAAAAACGACCAUUUCAGGGGCCAAUGAAAACCACAAAAUGUUAUGCCAUAAUAUCAACAAAGAAACAAUGUUCAUUGCAGUAGUAUCAUUCUCUGUCACGACACACAGACGCACACAAUUUGAUUCAUCUUUAUCAAAAGAUAUACACAAAUAUUGUCGCAAUGAAAGUAAUACUGCUGCCACCAAACUUAGGCCUACCUGUGAUUCAAAGGGGUUUAAAUGUGGAAGACAUUUCAGUUGAAUGCAUUCAGUUGUUUAACUGACUAGGUAUACCCUUUUACUUUUACCAUAGUGCUGUUAGUUUGUAUAGGAGAUUAUGACCCGCAGAAAUUAAACGCGAGUAGUUAGCUAGCUAGAUACCUGUAACAAGUCGCUAGUAGUUAGCUAGCUAGGUACCUGUAACAAAUCGCUAGUAGUUAGCUAGCUAGGUACCUGUAACAAAUCGCUAGUAGUUAGCUAGCUAGGUUCCUGUAACAAAUCACUAGUAGUUAGCUAGCUAUAUACCUGUAACAAAUCACUAGUAGUUAGCUAGCUAGGUACCUGUAACAAAUCACUAGUAGUUAGCUAGCUAGGUACCUGUAACAAAUCACUAGUAGUUAGCUAGCUAGGUACCUGUAACAAAUCACUAGUAGUUCGCUAGCUAGGUGCCUUACAGGUGCCGUAUCAAAGAAGCUCACUGAAAACCAAAUGAAAAAGCAUUAUUAUGGUGAAGAUAAUGGCACCCAGUCCAUCGCUGGAGAUUGGAGAAGUCUUAUCACAGAUAGAAAACAUAAUGUUAAACUUCUUUAACUCUCCUGCCUCGUACACAUUACAUUACAUACCUUUAUAAGAAUGUACAAGGGGAAAUGUUUUUAAUCCAUAAAGGAGAAACCUUUUUAAAAAUACAAUUUGAAAGAUUUUAUUUUUUAUUUCUAUGGCGCUAAAUAACCUGUAAAGCAAAAAUGUGUAUUUAAAAUGAGGGUUUUACCGAGGAAAAAACGUAAAAUCUUUUUAUUUCUAAAUAAAUAAAUAAAAAUUUGUUAAAAAAGCCUUUGCUCAUGUGCGGUGAGAGUGUCCCAUGGUGAGUCUAUAGGGCACAUUAUAAAGCAGCGAGCUUUUGCACUUUAGUCAUUCAACAUCAUAAUAAUAAUAAUAUAAUUAUCCAUAUAAUAAAUCAUAAUAAUAGAUUGGAUUUAUAUUGAGCUUUUCCAGAUGCAUUACAUAGCAGAAAGGGGGGGGAAGUCACCUCAUCCACCACCAUUGUGUAGCAUGGCGGCCAUUUUGGAUAAUCAACUCCCACCACAUAUCCGCUAUCAUGACGGAGAGGUGAGGAGGACCUAUUGCUGGGUAUAUGGACCCAGUGCUCCCUCCCAAACCCCCACACUAGGGGGCUAAGGCCGCUACACCACAGGCUUAUCCAGGGCAGUUUAGCCUCUUGUCCCCUAUCACCCCACAACAAUGCUGCUUCCAAGACAAAUGACUUAAGAGGCUUAUGUAGUUAGUACUACACGUUAAACAUUGUGUCUUAGUGUCACACUUGGGUUGAGACAUACUCUUGUCGUAAAGAAUGUUGCUAAAAUAAAAUAGCGCUCACACAUUUCAUAUAAAGAGGCACCAUUUCUUCAGGCCUAUAACGGAGAUGCUACAGGGAACGGUCUUACAUUAAAGUCAUUUAGCAGACGAUCUUAUCCAGAGCAACUUACAGAAGUGAAUAUAUACAUCUUUGUACUGAUCCACCGUAGGAAUCGAA